GACUAGAUGACAAUAAUGAUAGGCGAUCACUGAACACUGUGCCGUUACUUUACAGAAUUCUGUCUAUCUGAAGCGUCUAAAUCCCGAUAAAGUGAAGUAUUUCCAAUUCGCCAACGCCUCCCUCGUCGCCACGUCUUAUCAAGGUGUUUCUCUAACACUCAGUGUCCCUGUGUGAGGCGAGAAAACGACGAGAAGCCAGUGGAAGAAGAAGAAUUGCUUUUAGCCAGUCAUUGCCAUGGCCUCCGAAAGCGGCGAAAGCAACAUGGAUAGAGAGAUGAUUCUGGCCGAUUUUCAGGCUUGCACCGGAAUUGACAACAUCGCAGAGGCCAUCACUCUGUUAGAGCUUAAUAACUGGGAUUUAGUGGCUGCCAUCAACGGAGUGAUACCACAGGAGAAUGGGAUCUUACAAAGUACCUUUUCCAGCGAGGCGAGCCAGGCCGGCAUGUUUGGACCUCCGAGCCAACCAGAAGCAGCUGAUGCAGCAGCAGGAGGCGCCGUUCCCACCCCCUCUUCUUCGUCUUUAUCCUCCUCUCCUCCAUCGUCCUCCACUUCAGCCUUUUGCCCUGUCAACUCGGCCUCCUCCUCUUCCUCCUCAUCCCGACAGAUCGUAGAGCGCCAGCCCCGGAUGCUCAACUUCAGGGUGGAGUACCGGCAGCGCACGGUGGAGCUGGUGCUGGAGGAGGGCAGCACAGUCGGAGAAAUCAAAAAAAUCCUCGAGACAGAGCUCGGGGUUCCAGUGUCCAAAAUGCAGCUGAAAGGAUGGAAGAGCGGAGAGGUUUCCGAUAGUACGGUGAUGAGAAGUUUACACCUGCCUAAGAACAACAGCCUGUACGUCCUGACCCCAGACAUCGCCCCUACUGCCAGCACCAGCAAAAACAGUGGUCUCCAGGAGUCGUUAAACCAGAACUUCCUGCUGGUCAUCAGCCACCGCGAGGCCCAGAGGGACUACAGUCUCAACUUCCCCGGCUCCAAAACUAUACAGGAGGUGAAGAGAAACGUUUCAGACUUGACCAACAUCCCAGUCCGGCAUCAACAGUGGGACGGAUGGCCCACCUCAGCAUCUGAUGACUCAAUGACGCUAGCUGUCUCUGGGAUCAACCAUCCUUGCCAUCGACUCAGUGUUUGUCGAAGGUCCUCACCAGCCAACUCCCAGGAACCCACAGAAGAGUGUGCAGAUGUCCAUAUGGUCAGCGACAGUGAUGCGGAUGAUUUUGAAGACGCGUCAGAGUACGGUGUAGACGAUUCAGAGAUGUUUGGAUUGGGCUCCUCUACCUGUCGGAAAGCACCUAUGAUGCCAGAAAAUAGUGAGAACGAAGCUGAUGCCUUACUGCACUUUACUGCCGAAUUUUCUUCAAGGUAUGGAGAGACUCACCCAAUGUUCUUCAUCGGGUCUUUGGAGGCAGCGUCUCAAGAGGCCUUCUAUGGCAAAGCCAGAGAUAGGAAGCUGCUGGCCAUCUACCUCCACAACGAUGACAGCGUCCUCAGCAACGUCUUCUGCUCUCAGAUGAUGUGCGCCGACUCCAUCGUCUCCUACCUGAGCCAGAACUUCAUCACAUGGGCCUGGGACGUCACUAAAGAAGCUAACAAAGCCAGACUACUCACCAUGUGCACGAGGCAUUUUGGCAGUGUGGUCACGCAGACUAUACGGACAUACAAGACAGACCAGUUCCCCCUGCUGCUCAUAGUCAUGGGAAAACGCACAUCGAAUGAGGUUCUAAAUGUUAUUCAAGGUAAUACGACAGUGGACGAGCUGAUGAUGAGGUUAAUGGGAGCGAUGGAAAUCUUUCAAGCACAACAACUAGAGGACAUCAAAGACGAGGACGAACGUGAGGCGAGAGAGACGGUGAAGAGGGAACAGGACGAGGCCUACCGUGUGUCUUUAGAGGCUGACCGUAAAAAGAGAGAGGCCCAAGAGAGAGAAGAGGCCGAGCAAAAUCGCCUGGAGCGGAUAAGGAAGGAGCAGGAGGACGAGAAGGAGGCGAUCCGCUUGUCACUGGAGCAUUCCCUACCGGCAGAGCCCGACGAGGAUUCAGCCGAGCAAAUCAGCAAACUGCGAAUCCGCACGCCCAGCGGAGAGUUCCUGGAGCGGCGUUUCCUGAGCAGCUGUAAGCUUCAGGUCCUCUUCGACUUUGUGGCCUCCAAGGGAUACCCCUUCGAAGAGUUCAAGCUCCUCACCACCUUCCCACGUAAAAAUAUCACUCAGCUGGAUCCUGCUUCGAAUCUGCUGGAGGCCAAGCUGUUUCCACAGGAGACGCUCUUCCUGGAGGCUAAAGAGUAGGAGCGUGUCCUCUGAGCGCUGAGAGGACACGCUGACUGAUGAACUGACUCAACACACACUAGUCACCGAGCAUGGGCCUCACCAGUCCGGGCCUACAGAACACACACACACACACACACACACACACACACACACACACACACACCGACACAACACAACACCAAUCCUCUCAGACGUACAUAAGUGCAAGUAAGCUUCUCUGCCCUCGGCCUGGUCGUGGCACCUGAGCGCCUCGUGUUGCACAGAGGAGCAAAGACAGUAUCACAAGCACACAGCCAAUCACUCACCUCCCCAAAUCUCUCUCUCUCACUCACUCUCUCUCUCUGUCUCUCUAUCCCUCUCUCUGUCUCUCUUUCUCCUCACACUGAUCACGACUUCAUGUUCCCAACUGCUGAGUCAUGGUUUCCUCUCACAACACAGAACGAUAACAGCAUCGAGGGACUGAGGAUCUUUGUCACGGGACUUAAAAAAAAAACAAAAAAACAUUGAACUUGUUCCCCUUGUUUCCACAUCCAACACACCGAGGCUGCUUUUUUAGAACAUGUUUUUUUUUUUUGUGUGUGUUUGGAUUAAAAAAAAUGCUUAAAAAAAAUUGAAUAAAACAGCAAGAAGAUGAAGCUGUUGCCGGGCAGAAGUCGGGGCUGUUUCAUCUCCACCUUGUAUUUCCUCCCUUAACCCUCCCCAAAAUUAAAUUUCUCCCUCCCCCCGCCCCGUCUUCCACCCCCUCACCCCUUGGUCCGCAGGGGGGGGAGACGUGAGGGGACACCUGCAGCAUCCCCCCCCCCCCCCCCCUGGUUUAACACCCCCGCUCCACAGGCCAACGGAUUGCUCAGUUUUCUUAUUUUUCAUUUUCUUUUUUCUCUUGAUCCUUUUUAAGUUUGAUGCUGUAUUAGUUUUAGUUUGAUAUACAUUAUAUAAAAUAUAUGAAUAUGAACAUCAA